UCAACCAGACAAAAAAAGCAGACAAAGUACUGCUUAUGUAUGCCUUUUCAUAACUCAAAAAAGGUUAGCCAUGAAGAUAAAGAAGCUGCAUUUGAGAAGAUGAAGCAGGAGAUUGAAGCUAGCCAGGAAUGUGCGUUCAGCAACUACUGCAGCCCAUGUAUUUGGCAGGAGCAGCAGUUGCCAUUGACCAUGAUGGUCACUCCUGUGGCAGUUGCUAUCAUGGAUAUUAGCAACUACUACAUUGCUCUGAUGGAUGCUGCUGCAUCAGUUUCUGUAAUCAGUGGUUGUUGCUGCUAUCUGCUAUCAUCAAAGCAGUCUAUGGUAUUGCUUGUCUUUCUUCUGUUCCUUUCCUUCUCAACUAAAUUGGAUGUCAUGCAGAUAGAGAGCCAUGUGAAAUGGCUUGAUGAGGACUUGAACCAAUUUGCUGAAGAUUUGAAGCAAGAAUCAAAAAUACCACCAGAUGAGCCUGCAAUCCUCCCCCCACUACCUAUAGUCACCAAGGAUGAAAAACGCAAGGCAGGUUAUAUAACACCUCAAUCAAAACGGUUGAGACAAGGGGAUUGGGAGAGGGAGCGAGAUAUGGAUCUUGAGCUGAUGCCUCCUCCCAGCAGUCAUAAGAAAAAUAUUCCUGCAUCUGUUGUUGAUCAACCCAUUGAUCCAAAUGAACCAACCUAUUGUAUCUGCCAUCAGGUGUCUUUUGGAGAUAUGAUCGCAUGUGACAAUGAGAACUGUGGAGGUGAAUGGUUCCACUAUUCAUGUGUUGGCCUCACCCCAGAGACAAGAUUUAAGGGGAAAUGGUUUUGCCCAACCUGCAGGAAUCAGCAAUAAUGGUCUGAUGUAGCUCAAAUAGCAGUCUAGGUGCAAGGUAUUACCCUCCUGCAAUCAGCAUGGCUGCUGCAUAUCCAUAACCCAUAUCUCCUCUGUUCUAAAUUUUAAGCGGGCAGGAACAUUCCCAUCAAUGUAUAUUACACGAUAAAUCUGCCUUAUCGUGUAAAUCGCUUUGCUGAAUGAUGAGUGCAUAUCAAGGCCAGCCUCAUGACAACAUUCAAGGAAGGUUGGUGGUUCUUUUGUUGUUCACAAGAAUGCAAUGUAGGUUGGCACCAGUUUGGUCUUCAUUUCCCACAAAUGAGCCUCAUAUGCUUAACAAGCAUUAUGGUGAUCAUGUUUAAUGGUGGUUGGUUGAUCAUACAAAGAAUACAGCAUUAUAUCAGAUGUAAUCAGGAUGCCUAGGCUUAUGGUGCUAUGUAUUCCUUUAAACAGUUCCUUGGAUGUUUGUACUUGUAUAUGAUUAUAAGAAAUAAUAUAGCACUAAGGUUAGGACCCUGUUUA